AUGGAUGCUGAACACAGUCAGAUUGGGUUUGAAAUAGAGACGCUACAACGUUUACUCGUCAUAUCAGACCCUGACUUUGAAAACAAUCUGUUCACCAAAACACCAUCAAACUCACCAUCCACCAUAUUGACCAAUCCAAUUUCAAUUCUCCCACAAUCCACCACACCUGUUAAUCCACCAACCAGCACGCCACAGAGUCCCACCACCAUGGACACAACCCCAACCCGCACCCAGACCCAACCCAGUACCCCAAUCGUGUCUCCAACCACCAUCCCAUCCACACCCAAAGACACCUUCACCCUAAUAUCCCCAACCACAUCCCAAGCAAUCGCGCCACAGAGUCCCACUGCCAUGGACACAACCCCACCCUCCACCCAGACCAAACCCAUUACCCCAAUCGUGUCUCCAACCGCCAUCCCAUCCACACCCAAAGAUACCUUCACCCCAACAUCCCCAACCACAUCCCAAGCAAUCACACCACAAAAUCCACAAACACACCAAACCACAAACACAUCCCAAGCACUCAUCACUCCCACCAACACACACCACACAACCACCAUAUUCAACAAACUUGUUGAACUCAACCACUGCAAAAAUGACCAUCAACGACAAUUGGCCAUCCUCGACAAGCACAUAACAAACCACACAGCACCAGCGGGUCUUAACAUCAGUGUACAACCCUGGGUCCAGUUGUCACCAAAGCUCAAGGAAGCAUGGGACACUGGCAUUCAGGACUGCAUGUCCCACCUCACAAACAUCCUGCACCAACACCACUCGGAGGAAUCAUCAAAAAUUGAUGCACAAAUCUCAUCACUCUCCACAGACCUAAACGACAAUCUCCCACAGGGGCUGUCGACCACACUUAUCCACAUCGCAAGCACCCACAAACCACCAUCGCACCACAAACACCAUCGAAACGCAAAAUAA